AGGCGUGCUCGUGUGGCCAUCUGUCAUCACGACAACCAUUGAAAGCUGUCCCUAGCUGCCAUCGCGCACUCGACCCCACGCCCGCCCGGCGAUCGCGUGUUGCCAUUGCCGUGCUCUCCGCUAGCAGGAACAGCAAACAGCCACGCUGGCUUGAUUACUCCUCCUCCAACCCGCAUCUUGUCCAUUUACAAUAUUUCGUCAUUGUGAAGGGGUCUCUCCCUGCCCUUCAACAAUAUAAUACGUUGUUGUGUCGCAAUCCUCCUCCUCCUCGUCCUUGCUUCUUUUUGAGCGCAAUCACUACUGUCUAAACAACAUUGCAUCGGCCGAGUCCAGCUUAUAACACGAGUCAAUCGAGAUGGCGCGCACGAAGCAGGCGCGGCCCGUUGAGCGCGUUCCGUCGUCCGAGUACGUAGAAGGCCGGCCCAAGACGAUGCUGGCACAACCCGAGAUACGCUCCAAUGGGGCGGCCUUGACGAAACCCGCCACACCGGUUGCGACAAGCGAGGCUGGCGCGACACAGCUGGUGAUUGCAGUCGCUGGCAUCUACGGCUCUUUCCUUACGUGGGCGUACCUCCAGGAGAAGCUCACGACGACACCCUACGGCCCUCCAGGCGCGACCGAGGUCUUCAAGUACCCGGUGUUCCUCAACACGAUCCAGUCCCUCUUCGCCGCGGCCACCGGUGGCCUGUAUCUAUACUUCAGCACGCCCCGUGGCCAGUCCGUCCCACCGAUCAUUCCCUCGAGCCACAUUCUCGGCCCCUUGCUGCUCGUCGCCCUCACGAGCGCACUCGCCUCUCCCUUUGGUUACGCGAGCCUCGCGCACAUCGACUAUAUCACCUUCCUGCUCGCCAAGAGCUGCAAGCUCCUGCCCGUCAUGUUCCUUCACAUCACCAUUUUCCGCAAGCGCUACCCACUGUACAAGUAUCUCGUCGUGGCGGCGGUCACGGCCGGCGUGGCUGUGUUCACGUUGCACUCGGGCAAGUCCAAGAGCAAGAAACACUCUUCUGGCAGCGGCGACUCUGAGCGCAACGCGGCGUGGGGCAUGCUGCUCCUCGGCAUCAACCUGCUGUUUGACGGCCUGACCAACAGCACGCAGGAUUACAUCUUUGGCGCCUUCCAGCCGUACACGGGCCCUCAGAUGAUGUGCGCCAACAAUCUCAUGAUGUCGGCGGUCACGGCAUCAUACCUAGUGCUGUCGCCCUGGCUGGUCCAGACAGGUGUGGGCGAGUGGUUCGGCAUGGACAUUGCCGGCUCCGCGGGCGAGCUCACCGAGGCCCUGGCAUUUCUGGGUAGAUACCCGGCCGUCUGGACUGAUGUGCUGGGCUUCUCGGCGUGCGGCGCCGUUGGGCAGGUUUUUAUCUUCUACACCCUAUCCACAUUCUCCUCGGUCCUCCUCGUCACCGUGACAGUGACCCGCAAGAUGUUCACCAUGAUCCUGUCCGUCGUGGCCUUCGGCCACCGCCUGACGCGUAUGCAGGUCCUGGGUGUCGGCCUCGUCUUCGGCGGCAUUGGCGCCGAGGCGCACAUUGCCCGCAAGGAAAAGAUGGCUAAAGAGGCGGCCAAGAAGCAGAAGGCGCUCGAGGCAAAGGCGCAGUAGACCGGCUCCGGACAUGCCAGGUUCUCUUUCUUUUUCUGUCUUUUUCCCCCUUUCUCUCUUGUGUGGUCCAAUAAGCGCGGGACACAGUGUGACUUCAGACUUUUGCCUACGUGCACUUUUGGUGCACUGGCAAAGCUGGCGAGCAAACACA